UUUAGCACUUAGGAGUUGUCAGGGGGAGCCAAGCCCAAAGAGGGGCAAUCCAGCCGAGACAUCGCCAGCAACUCCUCACAACGCCAUCCUGUUGUUCUGGUCAGAGAAAGAAAAAAGAAAGAAGAGAAAAAGGUGAAAGACAGAGGGAAGGAAAGGAGGGUGAGAACGAAGAAACUAAAGUGGAAUACAACUGUCCCUUUUAUCCAUCUACAACUUGGAAAUAUGGGCAACACCAAGAGUGGCGCUUUGUCCAAAGAGAUUCUGGAUGAUCUCAAGUUGAACACCAAAUACACUGAGGAAGAACUAUGUGCAUGGUAUGCCAGCUUCCUCAAAGAAUGCCCCACUGGACGCAUUACAAAAGAACAGUUUGAAGGCAUCUACGCCAGCUUCUUUCCCGAUGCUGACCCUACUGCCUACGCCCGACACGUCUUCCGCAGCUUUGACACAAACGCUGAUGGCACCUUGGACUUUAAGGAGUACAUUGUCGCAUUGCAUCUUACCUCUUCAGGCAAGACCCUGCGCAAGCUUGAGUGGGCAUUCGCUCUGUAUGAUGUAGACGGCAAUGGGACCAUCAGUAAAAACGAGGUGCAAGAAAUUGUCAGGUCAAUAUUCAACAUGAUUCCAGCUGAGGAUCAGAAAAACCUUCCAGAAGAUGAGAACACACCAGAAAAGCGAGCAGACAAAAUAUGGACCUUCUUUGGAAAGAAAGAUGAUGAUAAGAUUGAAGAGGGGGAAUUCAUUCAGGGUGUCAUGGAAAACAAAGACAUAUUGAGGUUGAUACAGUUCGACGAGCCAAAGAAGAUUCAGGACAAACUAAAGGAGAAGAAGCAUUAAUGGCCACAUUCAAAUGAAACUGUUCAGAGCCCCAUUUCAAUUCAUUUUACACCCAACCUACACCCCCCAGACUGAUUUUCCAGACCGCACUCUGGAAGUACCCGAACAUCCAAUCCAGAAACACAGCACAGCUAUGAACUAGACAAACAUAGCUGUUCCUAUAACACAUAAAAGACUUCUUUCCUGGACCACCAAUAACUGUUAUUGUACUCGAAGGAAUUUUCCAGUUGGCUUUGCCAAUGUUGUUGCCAUUGCUUUUAGAGUCCAAUUUUGAAAAGAGCAAUUAGGCUCAUGUUAACAGACUCUGUCUUUCUCAAUCCUCUUAGGAACUGAAGGUCGGGUAAGAUAAAUCCACAGGGUCCAGUGGCUCUCCUGUUUUAAAUCCCUUCAGGGUUAAGGUGAUUUAAGCUCUCAACGUGAAUUUAUUAGACAUUGAAACAAUCUCUUUAGCAAGUGACUGGAUGAAUUGUGUUUUUUAGAACGUUGUGAGAAUUGUAGAGAUGAUUAUAAUCUGAACAAUUUAGGAAUACAUAUCAAAUUUUACUAUUACAAAACUAUAUAUACAUAAAAAUAUGCAAUGACUGUACCUAUAUAAAAAAUAUGUAAUUUCCGAUCAAUCCUUUUUUGCCAAUUAGCCACAUUAAAGUUCAAUUUCUGCCCUUUUUUGAUCAAUGAAGUUUUAAGAAUUGUUGUGUCUGUAAGGAAUAAGUGUAUAUAAUGUACCACUCACAAAUGACUGUUUUUUAUCUGUACAAUAAUUUAGCAGCCUGAUGUUUUAGAUGAGUUAAAAUAUGUGUUGUGGUUUACAAGCCUCUUUCACUAAUGAUAGUGUUGGAGAUUUUUUCAAGCAUUUUGAGUUGAUUUUCAAUACAAAUAAUGUUUCCAUCACCUCGUUUCAGAAAGUUUCUUACCUACUUUUUUACAUGCAAUUAUCACACAUAAACAAAAUUGACUGAAAAUAUAUGUUUCGCUUGGACUUUAAUUAACUGAUUGAGUUCAGGUUGAGAUUAGAGUCCUUAGUCUCCGAACAAGUUUAGACUUACUAAACUUAAGCACCAGAAAAGGCUCCCAUCCCGAGUGUAUCUUUAUCAUGUUGACGCUGCUUACAUCCAAAGCUCUGAGGACAAGCCUGAAGCACAGGGGCUUACCUCUUUCCUUUCUUAAAGCAGUCUUUGGCUAAGGCUAAUGCAUGGCCUGGUUUCAACACUAGGACAGUGCAAAACAUGGACUGGAGCUCUGCAGCAUAACGGCUGCUGACCGAAAAGAAACCAGGGUAUAAAAGGUUAAGUGUCAUUCCAUUUGGACACUCAUUAUUGUGAGAGGAGACCCACUGUUCAAUAAAUGUUC